GAUGGUGUUUCUUGCUUCCUUGCGGUGUAUUGUGUAAACUGUGUGUAUUUCUGUGUUCAAUGGUUCUGCUCUUCUGCUUCUGGAUAUUAUGGAUAAUUGGAUAAUGAUAAAGAUGAUGUAUUUACCCUCAAUCCAGAUAAUUGACUACCAAAAAAAAUGUAUACGCACAGAUACGGAUAAAUACACAUUUUUCAAUAUUUUUAUGACCACCCUAAGCUCUUCCAAUGCUUACCCCAACUUAGCAUAGGAAAUGAGUGCUGAAGAAAAAUCCUUUCAAAAAAAGGAGAGUGGCGAUAAAUCAUGUGUUUGUGAAAUGAAUCCUUGGCCAUCAUUCAUCAAGGAGCGGAAUGACGUAUGGGAAAAGCUAAAGUCAGAAUAUGAACAGGAAUUGGCUUCCAAGCCAUCUGUGCCUAUUAAAGUUAUUUUAUCUGAUGGUAAACAAGUCGACGUCAAGUCAUGGGAAACUACCCCUUACGAUAUUGCCAAAGGCAUUAGUAAUCGAUGUGCCAAAAAUACGGUGAUUUCUAAAGUGAAUGGUGAAUUGUGGGAUAUUUGUCGUCCUUUGGAAGACAACUGUACUCUUGAAUUGCUGAAAUUCGAUAACGAAGAAGCUCAGCAAGUAUUUUGGCAUUCGUCAGCUCAUGUGUUGGGUGAAGCGUUGGAACGUGUUUACGGUGCCCAUUUAUGUUGCGGCCCUCCCACAGAGAAUGGAUUUUAUUUCGAUAUGUUAGCGGAUAAUAUUCAUGUGUGUACUGAUGACUUUCCAGUUAUUGAAGAUAUUGUAAAAAAUAUUGUCAAAGAGAAGCAACUCUUUGAAAGAUUAGUAGUGACAAAAGAAACAUUGCUGGAGAUGUUCAAGUACAAUCAAUUUAAAGUACGUAUUAUUAACGAGCAUGUAUCCACUCCUACGACCACCAUAUACAAAUGUGGUUCAUUGAUCGAUUUAUGUUGUGGUCCUCAUAUUCGGCAUACUGGAACCGUGAAAGCAUUCAAACUUACGGAAAUAGCAUAUUGUGACUGGCCAAAAAGAAUAGAAAGAGACUUAUAUCGAAGAAUAAUUGGAGUCUCUUAUCCUACUUCGAAACUAUUAGCAGAAUUUGUGAAAUUGCAAGAAGAGGCGGCUAAGCGAGAUCACAGGAAAAUCGGAAGAGAACAAGAAUUAUUCUUUUUCCACGAAUUGAGUCCAGGUUCUUGUUUUUUCCAACCCAAAGGAGCAUUUAUAUACAAUACGCUAGUGGAUUACAUUAAAUGCGAACACCGUAAACAUGGGUAUCAAGAAGUUGUAUCGCCGAACGUUAACGAAGUGGAACUGAAGAUCUGGGAAGAAUCUGGGGAAUGGGAUCGAUAUUCCCAUAAUAUGCUCUCACUCGAUAUAGAACAAGAUGGUUUCCCUUGGAAACAGAUGAAUUGUCCUGGCCAUUGUUUGAUAUUCGAUGUUAGACCCCGAUCCUGGCGUGAAUUACCCUUAAGAUUAGCGAAUUUUGAAGUAUUACAUCGAAAUGAAUUAUCUGGCGCUUUAACCGGUCUCACUAGAGUAAGAAGAUUCCAACAAGAUGACGCUCAUAUCUUUUGUGAGCCGAGUCAAAUCAGACAAGAAGUAACAGGAGUUUUAAGUUUUUUAAGAGACGUUUAUACAGUAUUCGGUUUUACGUUCCAAUUUUGUCUUUCUACUAGACCAGAAAAGUAUUUAGGUGAAGCAGCCUUGUGGGAUGAUGCUGAAAAACAACUAGUCCAAGGACUGAAAGACGUCUGCAAAAAAUACAAGAAAAAUCGUGGUGGCGGUGCUUUUUACGGUCCCAAAAUUGAAAUCACUAUUAAAGAUGCAUUAAAUAGACCUCAUCAAUGCGCCACUAUCCAAUUAGAUUUUCAACUUCCUAUCAGAUUCAACUUGACAUUUACAAACGAAGAGCAGCAACUUGUGAGACCUGUAAUCAUCCAUAGAGCCUUACUUGGCUCUGUUGAACGUAUGAUCGCCAUUCUGACAGAAAAUUACGCCGGCAAAUGGCCGUUCUGGUUGUCCCCCAGGCAAUCAGUGGUUAUUCCCGUUGGGUCAGCUCAUAAUGAAUACGCUCACAAGGUAAAAGAGCAAAUAUUUGGAGCUGGAUUUAACUGCGAUGUUGAUGAUGACACUAGUGACACCUUGAAUAAGAAAAUAAGAAAUGCUCAGCUCGCACAGUAUAAUUACAUUUUCGUUGUUGGUGACAAAGAAGUAAAUGCCGGUACAAUAAACGUACGAACACGAGAUAAUAUAGUUCACGGUGAAUUUUCCAUCGAAGAAACCAUCUCAAAGUUCGAAAAAUUGAAACUAAAGAAAAUGCAUCCGGCGGAAGGCGAGCAGGAAUUCAAAAAAACAUAGUCGAGUAUUAAAAAUCGCUACCGUUUCGAUGAUCUAUUUAUUUAUUCACAUAAUAGGUUUCGCUUUGUAUUGAACAAACGCUGAAACUCUGCAAAAAAUAUUAAAUUUUUCAUAAAUAUAUAGGUUCAAUUAUG